AUGGGGCCAUUGAUCGAUGUGGCGAAAGAGGCGGUGCUGGCAGCAGUGGGAGAGGAGCUGGCUGCACACAAGGAGGAGUUGAAUGAGCUGCGGCACAUGUUGACUGUUGCUGAGCAGAGGAAUGGGGCAAUCUCUGCUGCGAUGGAGGAGAAGAGGAGAGAGUUCAUUUCAGCGAAGACGGAGUUUAUUGCUGUGAAGAGGGAGCUGAUUGCAGUGAAGACGGAGUUAUUUACAGUGAAUGCGGAGGUGGCUGAGCACAAGCAGUCAACUGCAUUGCAGCUGGAGGAGGUUGAGAGGAGGCGAGUGGCGGAGAUGAGGGAGAUGAGAGGGCAGGUGGAGGAGAGGGAGAGGGAGCUGGCUGCAGUGAAGGGGGAACUGGCUGAAGUGAAGGGGGAGGUGACUGCAGUGAAGGGGGAGGUGACUGCAGUGAAGGGGGAGGUGACUGCAGUGAAGGGGGAGGUUGCUGAGCAGAACCAUCGUGUGCUCAAGCUUGAUGUUGCCUUUCAGGAAGCCCUGGCUGUGUCGUCAGCACUCGCUAUGUUCCACUCCCUUUUCCUUGCUCAGCAGUAUGCCCCGACCUUCUUCCCUCUCUCCACCGCACUCCCUUCCCCUUCCUGCACCAGCCGCACCUCACCCUGGCUGGACUAG